CCUUCUUAUAACAAAUCAUCUUUCUGAAAGAAAGAAAACAAAAUGGCAGCAGCUUCAGCAUUGCUAAGAUCAACAAGGCGCCAUUUGCCUUCACUUUCUUCUGCUGCUUACAGAUCGUUGUCAGGAAGUGCCAGGCCAUCGAUUCCCUCAGUUAUGGGAAACAAGUUGUUAAACGCCAAGCCAUUGAUUCCUUCAUUUAUGGGAAACAGUUGGUUAAGUGCUGCUAGACCUUUCAGCUCAAUGACGAUGGGAAAUGAUGUUAUUGGUAUAGAUUUGGGCACUACUAACUCUUGUGUUUCAGUUAUGGAAGGGAAGGUUGCUAAAGUGAUUGAGAACGCUGAAGGUGCACGGACCACACCAUCAGUUGUUGCUUUAAAUCAAAAAGGGGAAAUCCUUAUUGGAACACCGGCUAAACGUCAAGCAGUAACCAACCCCACAAACACUUUGUUUGCUACAAAACGUCUAAUUGGCAGGCAGUUUGAUGACAAUCAAACACAAAAGGAAAUGGGCAUGGUUCCUUAUAAGAUAGUCAGAGCACCAAAUGGUGAUGCAUGGGUUGAAAUGAAUGGACAGCAGUACUCACCAAGCCAAGUUGGGGCCUUCAUUCUUACCAAGAUGAAAGAAACAGCCGAGUCUUAUCUAAAUAAACGUGUCGAAAAGGCUGUAAUUACAGUUCCAGCUUAUUUCAAUGAUGCCCAAAGACAAGCUACAAAAGAUGCAGGGAGGAUUGCUGGUCUAGAUGUGUUGAGAAUCAUUAAUGAACCAACUGCUGCUGCCCUUUCUUAUGGUGCAAACGAUAAGGAAGGUGUCAUUGCAGUUUUCGAUCUUGGAGGAGGCACUUUUGAUGUUUCGAUUCUUGAAAUAUCUGGUGGUGUCUUUGAGGUUAAAGCAACAAAUGGGGACACAUUUUUAGGUGGAGAAGAUUUUGAUAAUGCACUGUUGGAUUAUUUGGUAAGCGAGUUUAAGAGUGCUGAAGGUCUUGAUCUAUCUAAAGAUAAGUUAGCUUUACAGAGGCUUCGAGAAGCAGCAGAGAAGGCAAAGAUUGAAUUGUCAUCAACAUCUCAAACUGAAAUCAACCUUCCAUUCAUAACAGCAGAUGCCUCUGGUGCAAAACAUCUUAACAUGACACUAACAAGAUCGAAGUUUGAAAGUUUAGUUGAUAAAUUAAUUGAGAGGACCAGAAACCCGAGUUUAAGUUGUCUCAAGGAUGCUGGUCUUUCGCCUAAGGAGGUUGAUGAAGUUUUGCUUGUUGGUGGCAUGAGCCGUGUGCCAAAGGUGCAACAAGUGGUUGCUGAUAUAUUUAAGAAGAACCCAAGCAAAGGUGUUAAUCCUGAUGAGGCAGUUGCUAUGGGAGCUGCAAUUCAAGGUGGGAUUCUUAGAGGUGACGUGAAGGAGCUUCUUUUAUUAGAUGUGACUCCAUUGUCACUUGGACUUGAAACCCUCGGUGGCAUUUUUACAAAGUUGAUUUAUAAGAAUACAACUAUUCCUACAAAGAAAUCUCAGGUAUUUUCAACGGCAGCUGAUAACCAAACCCAAGUAGGAAUCAAAGUACUUCAAGGUGAGCGUACAAUGGCAGCAGACAACAAGCUUCUUGGAGAAUUUGCACUUGACAACAUUCCACCCGCCCCAAGAGGCCUACCUCAAAUUGAAGUCACAUUCGAUAUUGAUGCCAAUGGUAUUGUUACGGUAUCGGCCAAAGACAAAUCCACCGGCAAAGAACAACAGAUCACCAUAAAGUCAUCUGGUGGACUCUCAGAGGAUGAAAUCCAGAAAAUGGUGAGAGACGCAGAGCUCCAUGCACAGAAAGAUGAAGAAAGGAAAGUAGUUAUGGAUCUUAAGAAUAGCGCUGACACAAACAUAUACAGCAUGGAGAAGAGCUUGAACGAAUAUAAAGAUACGAUUCCAUCAGAGGUGGCUGCAGAGAUUGAAUCUGCUAUUAGUGAUUUAAAGAAAGCAACAAACGGCGAGAAUGGUGAUGAGAUUAAACAAAAACUUGAUGCUGCAAACAAGGCAUUAGCCAAGAUUGGAGAGCACAUGAAUAAAAGGAGUGGCUCGAGUGGGUCAGAUGGGACACCUGAAGCCGAAUAUGAAGAGGCUGCCAACAAAUAAACUGCGGAUAUUAUAUUUUGAGAAACUGAGUUUUGAAUUGGGAAGAAGUUGGUAUAUUUUUCAUUCAAUAUUCUUUGAUGCUAUCGUUUUGGUCAUAUAUGAGUCUGAGUUUUAUAUUUAGUACGGAGCAUAAUUUUUAAUUGACUAGACACCUUUUUCAUCACAUUUUAUUUUUACCUUUAUAUAUGAAAUGAUAAUGGUUAUAUCUUGAA